AUGCUUCCACUUGUACCUGUAGAAACCACUCCUGUCGAAGUAUUAGGACAGGGCAAUUGGCUCAAACUUGAAUUACUAAACUACAAAGACAAGAAUGGCAUCUUGCGUACAUGGGAAAGAUGUGUUCGAAAAAAGAAGGAUCCUAAUGGUGUAGAUGCUGUUGACAUUCACUGCAUUCUCAAAACACCUGAACCCGAAUUAUUACUUGUGAUUCAAUACAGACCUGCAAUUGAAUGUUACUGUGUCGAGUUUCCUUCAGGACUUAUUGAUCCAAAUGAAAGUCCAUUGGAGGCAGCACAACGAGAAUUGAUGGAAGAAACCGGUUAUCAAGUAGAUCAAUCGAAUAUGAAUCUAUACAGUCAAAGCAUGUGCUACGAACCUGGGUUAACGAAUUCCCGCUGUCAUGUUGUGUCUACAAUUAUUGAUCUCGAGCAAUCAAACCAAACCAAACCAUCAUCACAGAAUCCUGUUGUUCAGUCACUAGAAGAAGACGAAUGGAGCCUCCAAACAAUCUCGCUUCCAUUAAAAGAUCUACAAGGACACUUGACAGCUCUGGAGAAUUCACACAAGGGAAAUCUGGCUAUUGAUAGUAGACUACAGGCAUUUGCUGCUGGAUUUGCUGCAGGUCUUGGUCACACGAUAUAA